CGUCAAACACCUACCGCGCGUCCCAUGAACGAGCGCACCCGGGGACCACACUGGCUGGCUGACUGACUCUCUCGGCGGACGAGAUAAACAAAGAGCCGGCGACUCUUCAGGGAAACGGACGACCGCACCUCGACCUCCACGGGAACAUGACAACCGGUCUGAGUCAGGAGAAGGUAGCCACCUUCCUCAAGCGGCUGCGGGCCGAGCCGCGCUACCUGUUGGCGCAGAAUGUGUCGACGUGCAUCGACCCGUUGGAGGUUUGUCUGCACCGGCAGACGGUCCAGGAUACUGUGCACAUCUUCCAGCACUCUAUCCCCACAGAGGGCAAGCCUGUCACCAACCAGAAAAACUCAGGGAGAUGUUGGAUCUUCUCAUGCCUCAAUGUCAUGCGACUUCCCUUCAUGAAGAAGUUCAACAUAGAGGAGUUUGAGUUCAGUCAGUCCUACCUCUUCUUUUGGGACAAGGUUGAGCGUUGCUACUACUUCCUCCAGGCCUGCGUGGAGACGGCACAGAGGAAGGAGCCAGUAGACGGACGCCUGGUCCAGUUCCUGCUCUCCAAUCCAACCAACGACGGAGGACAGUGGGACAUGCUGGUCAACCUCAUUGAAAAGUAUGGCGUCAUCCCAAAGAAAUGCUUUCCUGAGUCGCACAGCUCCGAGGCCUCUCGUAGAAUGAAUGAUAUCCUCAAUCAUAAGCUGAGGGAAUACUGCCUACGACUGAGGAACAUGGUGGCAAGUGACGCCACGAAAGCUGAAUUGUCUGAUGCCAUGGAUACCAUGAUAGAGGAGGUGUUCCGGGUGGCCAGCGUGUGUCUAGGCAGCCCCCCUGAGACCAUCUGUUGGGAAUACAGGGACAAGGACAAGAACUUCCACCGUAUGGGACCCCUCACCCCCCAGGAGUUCUACAGGGAGCAGGUCAAACCCCUAUACAACAUUCAGGACAAAGUCUGCCUCGUGAACGACCCCCGACCCCAGAACGCCUUUGGGAAGCUGUACAGUGUGGAGUUCCUGGGCAACAUGGUCGGAGGCCGCAGCACUCUGUACAACAACCAGCCCAUCCAGCUGCUCAAAAAGGCUGCGGCCGAGUCCAUCAAGGAGGGAGAGGCGGUUUGGUUCGGUUGCGACGUUGGGAAACAUUUUCAUGGCAAGCUGGGCAUUAAUGACAUGAAUGUGUUCAACCAUGAGCUUGUUUUUGGAGUUUCGGUGAAGAACCUCUCGAAGGCGGAGCGACUGAUAUUCGGAGACUCUCUCAUGACCCACGCUAUGAUCCUCACUGCUGUCACGGACAAGGACGGGAAAGAAGGCUACGAGAAGUGGAGGGUGGAAAACUCCUGGGGUGACGACCGUGGGAACAAAGGUUACCUGAUCAUGACAGACGACUGGUUCUCCGAGUACGUGUACGAGGUGGUGGUAGACAAGAGGUUCCUGUCCCCUGACGUCAUGGAAGUGAUGCAACAGGAGGCCGUUGUACUUCCUGCCUGGGACCCGAUGGGAGCCCUGGCAUAAACUUAAUGGAAAUCCAGAUUUUAAACCCCCCCCCCCCAACUUGUGGUCUGUUUGACUCCGCCCUAAUUCCUCGGCUGCUUUUACCUCUCCACCAACCCCUCCCCUACUCCUCCUCCUUCCUCCUCCCAAAACAGCCUCUUCUUCUAGACAAAAUAAUAAAGAUUUUGUUUUCUUUUUUACUGGA